UUAGAUAGAAAAAGAAGUCGUCCAAACAAAGAUACAACGAUGAAGACGAUGAACAGAAGAAGAAUGUUUACAAGGAAUAAGAGAAUAGCCAUAGAGAAAGACUAUGAUAUUGAUUUACUUUUGAGCAUCGACCAUGCAGAGGGCUUAGACAACCCUAGCACCUAUCCUUCAGUAACCACCAGGGAUUACCGUGUUGUAUUUUGGGUUCACCCAGAUGAUCAACUUGCAACAUCUCGCGAUCUAGGCUCUCCAGAUCCUGUAUGGAACCAGAAGUGUCGUAUGAAGUUAGACAAGUCCAGGGAUUGCAAGUUUUUGUAUGUUGAGGUGCUUAGGUAUGGAUCCUCCUCUGAGAGUAACCCAGGAACCUCUAAUGGCAUAAGCUUGGUGGGUAGGGCUCAGAUACCUCUACCGAACUUGUCAAGUAAAACUGAUGGCCGCUAUGGACUUGUGAGGCCUAAAGAGGAUGGAUAUAAGGCUGAGGGACACAUUACUCUGUCAAUGAAAUUGGUGAAGAUAGAUAUAAUAUAACGAGCGAAGGCCAAUGAUGAAAUUAUAGCUACAAUGACAUCUUC